AUGUAUAUAUAUAUUUGGUGUUUGGGGGCUGGUAAAAGAGGAAUUGAUAACUAUCAUACUGCUCUACAAUUAUGUGCCAAAGGAUUCAGUGUUACCAUUGCAUGCCGUAAUAUUGCAAAAGCAAAAAGCGCCUGUGCAAGUAUUAAAAAUCAAGUGGGACCGAGUACAUGUAUUGAUUAUCAAAUUCUCUCCAUUUCAAUAUGUUAUGAUAUAUUCAUCUUGAAUGCUGCUAUAUUACUGCCAAAAGUGAAUUAUUUAUCUCAGUUUUAUUUGUUAAAUGAAUUAAUUGGUACAGCGACUCCAAAAGAAGGAAUUAAAGCUAUAACACUUACGUCUACUUCAUACAGGUUUUUAUCCCCGAGAAUACCAACAAGACGCGAUCAUUUCAUUAAAAUGUUUUCAUCAUCAGACAAUAUUUCCGGAUGGCAAAGCUAUGCCAGAUCAAAAUUAGCAAUUGCAAUAUUGGGUUGUUAUUUGGAUCAAGUAAAAGGAAUUCAGGCAAUUAGCGUUCAUCCUGGAGCAAUAAGCACAUCGCUUAGUAAUAAUAUUUCUCCUCGAAGAGGAAAAUUCUGA